UCAUAAGUAAACAUCUGCGCGCUCUUUCCUCUUCAUCGCAGAAAUUUACCCUCAUCCUCAGUGUGUUUUCCAGGGGAAUAGGUCCAAUCAACAUGGGAUUCUUUUCCUUCUUCUCCAAAUCUUCGCCGCCGGACUACGAAACGCUGUUGUCCCGUCUGGCGACUGACAUUGCAGAGGCCAAAACUAAUCUAUCUGAAAUUCGCCUGCGUGAGAGGCGCAUUGCCCUUCUUGUAUAUCUUUAUGGAUUUGCAGGGUGGGUGUUAUGGGUUGGUUUAUGGUGGGUGCAGGGCUUGGGCAUUAUUGGAGCGACACAGGAUGAACUGCUCGGGAGGAUGAUUGGUCUGGCGGGGGUAUUGGGAGGGCCUGUAAUUAUUUAUUUCUUUAAUCGCGUGAUUCAUUUCUACUUCUCCCGCCAACGAGUGCACGAAGAGAAACACCUUCGCGAGCUCCUUACCGAACAGCGUAAACAACUCGAAGAGAUCAAGAAGGCUACCAAUUAUGACUCUACUCGAAAGCUCAUUGAACGUUAUGACGACCCUACAUCUAACCUCGGACCCGCUGUCGGUGGCGGUCUCAAGACUACUCCACAGAAACCUGGCAAAGUGACUCCGAACCCUUCGCCUAAGGUUGUUGGUCCCGGAGGCACUCCCAGAGCCCCUGGUCAUCUGAUUGGUGCCGGUGGUACACCAGGACCUCUUCGAUCAGAAACGCCUCUGCCUGUUCCAGCCGGUAUCUCUCCUGAUCAAGCGGCUGCUUUACAAAUGCAAAUGGGUGCUAUUCAACCUAUACUGCCUACUCCUGAAAAGAGGUGGUAUGACCGUUUGGCAGAUUCUAUCUUGGGUGACGAUCCUUCUCAAGCAACUCAGAACAAGUACGCUUUAGUGUGCGAGAAAUGUUUUAGGCAUAAUGGCCUUGUCGGGGGCAAGUAUGAAUGGGAAAGAAUGCAAUGGAUCUGCCCUAAAUGUAAUUACCUCAACCCUGCUCCUAUCUCCCGACUCUCCAGCUCCUCUGGCCCAUCUCAGCUAGCCACCCCUUCUCAACCCUCCAAAUCUCAAUCUCAACCACAAGUCACCCCAUCCCAUGUCCAACGAUCGUCCGCAUCUCCUACUGCCUCCAGAACAAGAAGGCCGCCGGGCGGUGAAAAGGGCACACCAAGGACUUCCAAGCUUGCUCAAGAAGUAUUCAACGCUUCUGAUGAAGAAGCUGAAGAGGAAAUGGAUGUUGAUGAACAAUGAUAACAUCAUAGGGUAUCCAGGGUAAUAAAGGAGGUGUAUAGGAUAUGAAUAAAUGAGCUCUACAUGCUCUAGAAUAUAAGAACUAAG